AUGGGUCAGUCGCAUUCCAAGGGCAACGCCGGCUCGGGCGACCCGCUGCAGUCGUACCCGUCUUUUUCAAAAUCAGACACCAAAGAGUCCCUCCGCUCGUUCCGUGGCUCCAUUCGUUCCAAGAUCCCCGGGCGCAGUAACGACAGCCCUCGUGCAUCGAGCACCCAGCUCUCGACUGAUAGUCUCAAUGACAAGUCUGAUGCUGGAUCUACCAAGUCGGCUAGCCGCCCGGGCUCUGAGGCCCCGUCUCGGACCGGCUCUCCUGAGCCUCCGCCGUCGCCUUCACUUUCAGCUAGCUUGCAACGGGGACAUAAGGAUGUCACAGCCAUGCAGCAGAGUGGGGAGGUUGACCAUGUAUCUGACGGUCCUCCAAGGGGUGUUCCGCCACCAUCUGGACCCGCUCAGGUUGCAGGUGAAUCUAUUUUGAUGAAGCGGGAAAAUCAGCUAAACCCUAUUCUGGAUUUCAUCCUAAACACCCCACUCGAUAAUUCUGGCUCCUCUCCUGGAAUGGGUAUGGGUGCUUUGAAGUCCAUUGAUCUCGAUGAUAUGAUUUCACGUCUCUUAGAUGCCGGUUACUCAGCCAAGGUUACCAAGACAGUUUGCUUGAAGAAUGCCGAGAUUACCGCUAUUUGCUCUGCUGCCCGUGAGCUUUUCCUUUCUCAGCCUGCAUUGUUGGAGCUCUCUGCUCCGGUCAAGAUCGUCGGCGACGUCCAUGGUCAAUAUACUGAUCUGAUUCGACUUUUUGAGAUGUGUGGAUUCCCACCUUCAUCAAACUAUCUUUUCUUGGGUGAUUAUGUCGAUCGAGGAAAGCAGAGUUUAGAGACUAUUCUCUUGCUUCUGUGCUAUAAACUCAAGUACCCGGAGAAUUUCUUCCUGCUUCGGGGCAACCACGAGUGUGCCAAUGUCACACGAGUUUAUGGAUUCUAUGACGAGUGUAAGCGACGCUGCAACAUCAAGAUCUGGAAAACAUUUGUUGACACAUUCAAUUGUUUACCUAUUGCCGGAAUCGUUGCUGGCAAGAUUUUCUGUGUUCACGGUGGCCUGUCACCCAGCCUGUCCCACAUGGACGAUAUCCGAGGCAUUGCCCGCCCUACUGAUGUUCCCGAUUAUGGCCUGCUAAACGACCUUCUCUGGAGUGAUCCAGCAGAUAUGGAAGAAGACUGGGAGCCCAACGAACGUGGUGUGAGCUACUGCUUUGGAAAGAAAGUCAUCAUGAACUUCUUACAGCGGCAUGACUUUGAUUUGGUCUGCCGUGCACACAUGGUGGUUGAAGAUGGAUAUGAGUUCUAUCAGGACCGGGUUCUUGUUACAGUAUUUUCUGCACCUAAUUAUUGUGGCGAGUUCGAUAAUUGGGGUGCUAUCAUGUCUGUCUCUGGCGAGCUUCUUUGCAGCUUCGAGCUUCUGAAGCCCUUAGAUUCGACAGCAUUAAAGAAUCACAUUAAGAAGGGACGUAAUCAGCGAAACAGCAUGCUGAACAGUCCUCCUGCAUUGCCGUCAGCCCAAAGCUUUUAA